AUUUUCAAGGGUGCGAUUCGUACUAUACUUGACUAUAACUCUGCUAACGUUACCAUUACGUAUAUACCUUUAUAGUCUGUCUGAAAUUAUAAAUUGUUAUGAAAUAAAUGUAAUUUCGUUACGGCCGACAAUCAAUUUUGUAGCUGGCGAAUGUAUCAUUCUGAGGAUCAUCCCUUACUUUUUUCGUUAAUGGAGCCAUCUAGAUAUACAUCAUAACACUAACGUUUUCAUCAUGCGUAAACAAACUGCUGACUAACUUUGUUAAAAGAGAAUAAAGAAAUUUUGUGAUUUUUCGAAACUGUCGUGUGUCAAAAUUGUUUCGUUCGCAAUCAUUGUACAGUUGUAUGCGAUAUUUAGAUGAAAGGAGAUGGAUGACUAUAAUACGUAAUUACAAAGUACAUUAGCUACGAUAUAAUAGACGUAAUCCUCCUCAGACUUUUAAACACAGCUUUACGCGUAGUUUGAACAUAACCAAUAUGUCAGACGUUAAAAGUCUCGAGCAUCCAACAUUAAAGGUUCCUUAUGAACUCCUAAAUAAAAAAUUUCGUUCUGCUCAAAAAACCUUAGAUAGGGAAGUCUCUCAUGUACAAGCGGCAGCUAAUGAAUUGUUAAAGGGCGAUGGAGCAGGUGUUCCUGCUGGAGAAAUAAGCAGACUGUUGGGAGGAGUUGUUGCUAGACUGCAGGUUUUAAAGAGAAAAGCAGAGGAAUCUAUAGCGGAAGAAUUGCAAGCAGGAAUGGUGUGUAAAAGACGGUUAGAUCAUUUAAAGGAACAUGCUAACACUGCUCCAAGUGUUGUAAAUCAAUGGCGACGACAGAGACUCGAUAGAAUGUUGGUAGAAUAUUUUCUUCGUAAGGGCUAUUAUAAAACUGCGACUAAGUUGGCAGACAGUAGCGAACUUAGAGAUUUAACAAACAUAGAUGUAUUUAUGGUAUCUAGAGAGGUCGAAAAGUCUUUAGCGAAUCAUGAGACUGCGAGAUGCGUUGGGUGGUGCCAUGACAAUCGAUCUAAAUUAAGGAAAUUAGGAAGUACUAUGGAAUUUAAUUUACGAGUACAGGAAUUCAUAGAAUUAGUGAGAGCAGAUAGAAGACUCGAUGCUGUCAAGCAUGCCCGAAAAUGUUUUGCUAAUUACGAUGAUUAUCAGUUGCAAGAAAUUCAAUGUUGCAUGGGACAGUUGGCAUUUCCAGCUAAUACAUCUCUCAGUCCAUAUAAAGAUUUAUUAGAUGAGAAGAGGUGGGAUAGAUUAAUAGAGCAGUUCAGACAUGAAAAUUAUAGACUAUUCCAAUUAGCAAGUCAAAGUGUCUUUACGGUAGCUCUACAAGCAGGUUUGUCAGCAUUAAAAACACCUCAGUGUUAUAGUGCAAAAAAAGAGGGUAGAAACCCAAAUUGUCCAGUGUGUAAUGAGGCACUUAACGAAUUAGCUGCUCCAUUGCCUUUUGCUCAUUGUUCACAGUCCAGGCUUGUCUGCAGUAUUAGUGACAAACCGUUAAACGAAUAUAACCAACCAAUGAUGAUGCCAAAUGGAUACGUAUAUGGAGAGCAAGCGUUGGAGAAGAUGGCUCAAGAAAACAAUGGUAUUGUGAUUUGUCCAAAAACCAAAGAAGCGUUUCCAUACAAGAAAAUAGAGAAAGUUUACGUUAUGUAAAAUUUACUGACUCGCGACACAACUUGUACUAUGUACAUUUCAUCUUUCUUUUAUCCUAACUCUGAAUAUUUACUGUUUAAUACUGUAUACCAACAUUAACAAAGGGAAUAACAUCUAUUUUUAAGGAACUAUUGUUUUUGUAAAUUUCAUUUGUGUUUACCUACUAGAAUAAAGUAAGAAGCUACGUAAACAGAUUAUAUAUUUGUGUUAUCAAACACGUUCUAGUUUUUCAAUAUGAAAUGGUGUGCAAAUUAUUAUAAUAUAGUUGGAUAUUAAAUAUAAAGUCAGAAUGGUC